CAGGCGGCGGCGAGGAGGAUCGCGGGGCGCGCCGGGUGCGGGGAGCCGUCGGCAGCCGCCUGCCAGAAAGGGGACGUCCUCCCCCCCACCACCGGUGGAUGUGCUAUCGCCGCCGGGCGCAGAACGUAGGGGAGCCUCGGCGGCGGCGCGGGGGGCGAGGCGGGCUGCCCGUUCCCUGGCCAGGAGGCGCGGGCGUCUGAGCGAGGCCGGGCGCGGCGGCGGCCUUCCUUUGCGCGCCCCCCGCGCCAGCGCCCGCCUCCCGCGCCCGCCUCGCUCCUCCGGGCGGCGCAGGACGCCCGCAGCCUCCUCGAUUUCCCCGACCCCGGCCCACCUGGUGACCCCGGCCCGUCGCCCCCGCGGCGCCUCCCGGAGCUCAUCCCGGACGCGCGUGCAGGCGGUGGGGGCUCCGCGGCCAGCGCUGCCUCGGGGGGGAAGCGAGGGCGGGAGGGCGUGUGUGUGUGUGUGUGCGCGCGUGUGAGCAGGGGGUGCCGGCGGGGCUGCAGCGGAGUCACUUUGGAAGAAUGACUCUGGAGUCCAUCAUGGCGUGCUGCCUGAGCGAGGAGGCCAAGGAAGCGCGGCGGAUCAACGACGAGAUCGAGCGGCAGCUCCGCAGGGACAAGCGGGACGCUCGCCGGGAGCUCAAGCUGCUGCUGCUGGGGACGGGAGAGAGCGGCAAGAGUACUUUCAUCAAACAGAUGAGGAUCAUCCAUGGGUCGGGCUACUCCGAUGAAGACAAAAGGGGCUUUACCAAGCUGGUCUACCAGAAUAUCUUCACAGCCAUGCAGGCCAUGAUCAGAGCCAUGGACACACUCAAGAUCCCGUACAAGUAUGAGCACAAUAAGGCUCAUGCACAGUUAGUUUGGGAAGUUGACGUGGAGAAGGUGUCUGCCUUUGAGAGCCCAUACGUAGACGCAAUAAAGAGUUUAUGGAAUGAUCCUGGAAUCCAGGAGUGCUAUGACAGACGGCGAGAGUAUCAGUUGUCGGACUCCACCAAAUACUAUCUUAAUGAUUUGGACCGUGUAGCCGACCCCGCCUACCUGCCUACGCAACAAGACGUGCUUCGGGUUCGAGUCCCCACCACGGGAAUCAUCGAGUACCCCUUUGACUUACAGAGUGUCAUUUUCAGAAUGGUCGACGUAGGGGGCCAGAGGUCAGAGAGAAGAAAAUGGAUACACUGCUUUGAAAAUGUCACCUCUAUCAUGUUCCUAGUAGCGCUUAGUGAAUACGACCAAGUUCUCGUGGAGUCGGACAACGAGAACCGAAUGGAGGAAAGCAAAGCACUCUUCAGGACAAUCAUCACAUACCCCUGGUUCCAGAACUCCUCGGUGAUUCUGUUCUUAAACAAGAAAGAUCUUCUAGAGGAGAAGAUCAUGUAUUCCCACCUCGUCGACUACUUCCCAGAGUACGAUGGACCACAGAGAGACGCCCAGGCAGCCAGAGAAUUCAUCCUGAAGAUGUUCGUGGAUCUGAACCCAGACAGUGACAAAAUCAUCUACUCCCACUUCACGUGCGCCACAGACACCGAGAACAUCCGUUUCGUCUUCGCAGCCGUGAAGGACACCAUCCUGCAGUUGAACCUGAAAGAGUACAACCUGGUCUGACCGUGCUUCCCAGCAGCCCGCCCUGCCCUUCCCGGGGGGGGGGGGGUUACAGAAGAUACGCAAGAGGGACUGUGUUUCCGUGCAGUUUGCAUAAUACUAAUUUAUUGCCGCCCUGGACUCUGUGUGAGCGUGUCCACAGAGUUUGUAGGAAAUAUUAUGAUUUUAUUUAAACUAUUCAGAGGAUGCUGAAGUACAGGCCCAGCACAUUUCCUCUCUCUCUCUCUCUCUCUCUCUCUCUUUUUUUUUUUUUUUGGCAAAACCUUGUGACUCAAUGUAUUUUAACUUCUCAGUCAUGCACUCACAAAGAAUUGUUUCUCUCUUUCUCUGUUGAACACAACAACAAAGCUGAUUCCCGUGUUUCUUGCCCCGUACCGCCUUCCUGAUCCCCAUCCCCCCCUCCCAGGCUCCAACUGCCUUUAUCCUAGUUCCAUUCUUAGUAGUCAGGUUCUCUCAAAUGAUAAAGGCAGGAAAUGUCAUUUGAUUUAAGGCAUCACACAUCAGCUUCAUUUACCGGUGUAGUUCGUGCCGAAGGGUUACAUGUGUUCAUACGGUGGGUACCAAUGGACUGUUUUGGAUUCACAUGGAGUGUUCCUUUAUAUAUAUAUAUAUAUAAUAUAUAUAUAUAUUGUCUGACCUUGGAGUGGGAUGAAGGGUAACUACCUAACGGUUAAGUGUCAUUUCUUUGAGGUUUUUACCUUCAACCAUUGUCUGAUUGCUCAAAGAAAUUGCCAGAGUCAGUGAGGCCAGAACAGAUACCCAGAAGGAGUUCUUUCUUUUUUGAAAUACCACGUGCCAUUGCCCAGCCUCCCUCUUUUCGCUGCUUCAUCUUUGAUUUUUCUCACCUUCUCUUUGAAUUGCAGAUGCCAAAAAAAUAUGCCAACAGACACUACAUUUACCCCAACAGCUGCUACGCAGAUUUGUAAUGCUUUCAUGUAGGUGGUUCUUCUCCCCACCCCCCUUUUUUGGGGGUGCAGAGGGAGGUGGUAGUGGGGAGGGGACGGUGUCAAGCAACCCUCCUUUGUCUUUUCUUCCCGUAACUGUUUGGGCCACGUUUUCAAACGUGAUUUUUACUAUGGCUAUGUCUUGCCAAAGCUGGCAUUUUUGUGAAUAACGAAAAAGAACUUAAACAAACAAACAAACAAAAAAUCAGUAUCUUAAAACAUAAGAGAAUAAGACUGUGAAGCCUAAAAUGGCUGGCCGAGAGUGAAGCGAUUGCCAAACAGUUGGUAACUGUAAAUGUGGUUCUCGCAGUCCAAACCUUUGCUUUGUCUGCUGUCCAUGUCUCGUGUUCAGUGUCCAGAUGAGCAAUGAGAAGUGUCAUGUGUGGCCUAUCAUGCAAGCUUCUUGUUUGAAGUCCAGUUUUGCUCGCUCUCUCUGUUCUUUCAUUUUGCAUACAUCUGCCAAGAACAUCAGCUGACAGUGUUCAUGCUGGCACCUUUCAUUUGCAGAAUCGGAAGCGACUGUGGGUUUAAGCACCUCCAGGACCUUCAUGUAUUAGUGACUGGUUAAGCUGGACUGCAGGCAGAUUGGUGGACUGAACUCCAAAGUAACCUCUCACUAUUCCGUAGAAUGUGUGUUUGUGUAACUGAACCUCCUAGGAGAGGUGUCUGAAAUUCUGUAUGUGCAAUUCUUCAGCAAAUGCAAAAAGUACAGCACAUGUAUCAAUGAGCUGCUGUCACACAGCUGAAGUUGGAGACGUGGUUUAAGAAAUGAAAUCAUGGUUGUUUCAAAGCCACUGGGAGUUGGAAUACGCCGGGAUGCUGGCCUCGAUACUAGUUGGCAUUAAUCCAGACUUCCAUCACAUUGGUUGUUUGGGAACAAGGCAAAGGGAGAUAAUGGACAGCUUAUUUCAAUAAGUAUCAAAAUUGUAAUGAGAUGUGCUCGUUGUUGACUCUCCCAACCUCACACCCCCCAGGUUCCUUUUCUUCCUUGCUCAGAAAGCACCUGUAACUUAAUUAACAGACUGCCUGUCUGUAGUGCAAUCGGGACUGCUCUAAUCACUGUACAUCUCUUGAUAUCGCAGCAUCCAUACUGGCUUUGUAAUCAUUCAUAUUUUUUUUUGGCAGAUUGAAUGUGCUGUAUUGAUAUGUAUCUGUGUAAUUGUAUGUCUUAUAGCUACUUCACAUUUUGAAUAAUGUUAUUUUAUUUACUUUUUUAAAGAGAGGAGAAUGUAAAUUUGUCAGUUUAUUUCUGACUAGGGAUAUAUAUAUUUUUUCCCAUUUAGAAAAGAAGAAAAAACAAACAUUACUGUUGUACAGAGCGGUACUAGCAUCGUGCUGUAUAAAACCAUUUGCACAUUCCUGACUAGAGGUAUACUGAUGAUAAGACCCAAAGGUAAUUUCAUAGCAAAACACAUAAAAUCAGUCAGAGCUUUUAUACAAACAUGGAAACCAACUUUGUAGAACUUUUGCCAUUUGAUCUAGGAUUGGAAUAUGAGCUUUUAUACGAUUCAUAUUCUUAUUUGGCAAAUGCACAGUUUAGUAUCACCUCUCUGAUGGCCUUUAUUAGAAAGGCAGUUUUAGAAGCUAUUGUGAUCCACUAAGGAAAUGUUUUAACAGCUAGAGACCACUGCUUGCCUGAAAGGGCGAUCUUAAAUUUGGUGCAGCAAACAAAAAUAAGUAAAUAAAAAAAAAAAAUUCAAAAAAAAUUUAAAAAACACAAAACACAAAAAAAUAAAAAAACAAAACACAACAAAAAAAAAUCACCAAAAAAAAAACCACACACACAAAAAAAGGAAACAACAUUUGAAGGCCUACAGUGUGUAUGCAGAAAACCUCAUCACAAGAUCCUAAGUGUUAACAGUGAAUCAAGAUCUUCUAUUUAAUAGAGCUAUUGUAGAUGUAGUCGUUUAAAGCUGAUCUCUGAGCUCCAAGAAGCUUGAGUGGAACAGGGAAAGAUUGUUCUAUUUGUAUGAAAUUGGGAAGGAAGUUGCUAUGCAGAAUUAAGGUCUGUGGCUUCACUGCUUCUGCUAGGGUGCAUGACAGGAUCCCUUCUCUCGAGAAAGGAAAAAAAUUGAUCGCCCUAGCUGUAGUGAGGCGGGAGAAACCGAGUCGCAGCCACACUAGUCCAUUGAAGCUAAAGGAUUUUCUUUUUGUUUCUUUGGGAUUUUAUCAAAGGGGAUGGGGCGGGAAGGGAUUCUUUUCAGUUUUGUAAAAAAAAAAACAAAAAAACAAACAAACAAACAAAAAAAACCACAAACGAAGUUUACUCACGCUUUCUCUUAUGAUUGCAAGCAUUGCAGGCGUUGCCGCUGGCUCCUGGGGUGAUGCCGUAGUCACGGAGGCCGUGGCAAGUCGUGUGGCAUCUUGGGCAUGUCUUGUUUGGAACCACAAAACACAGAAACCUGCCUUUGGUGUCCCGAGGCAGGCAGCCACUUCAUGAGUCACCUUCCACACCGCAGUGUACCAGUUUACAGACGUCUCUCCCUUCGCGUGUGACAUGGCAGUCCCCCCACACAGAUUCCCCUUCUUGUAAAUUGGAGGUUUCUACUAUGCCUUACAGAGCUUAAAUUCAGAAGUGUGUGCCUCAUAUCUGAAACAAAGGGAAAUAGUGUGCCCGCUCAAAAGUACAUAAACCCCCUAGAAGUUUUGAUUGUUUCUAUUUUUGUUUUUGUUUUUGUUUUAAUACCUUUCCAUAGAAAGAGCUCUGUUGAUGUCACGAUUAGACUGGAAAAAAAAUCCUUAGGAACCUGCAAUUGUUGUUCACUAGCAGAAGGCAUCUACAAAAGUAUUUGAAGAACACCUGAAACUUGUUUUGUUUGUCUAUUUGUUUGUUUGUUUUGUAGAUUAACUAGCAGGCCUAAUAUUUAAAACAAACAAAAAAAACGGUAAUUCAGCUAAAGGGCAACUUUUUGUAUUUCAGACUAUCUUGAUUGUCAAGGUGUAUGAACUGUAAUUUUAAAAUUUAUACUGCCACAUGAUUGUAAAUUUUAGUUGUCUUAAGUCAGGAAUUGGGGGAAAGCUAUUUAUGCUGGAUUUGGGUCGAAAUGACUUUAUUAUUUGCAAAAAAUAAUAAUAACACUGGGAAGAAAGGGCUGUCUAAUGAGAAAUUGCAAAGACUUUGUUAGUUGAAAGUUACCCUCAGAUCCCCUUGGUUUCUCUUUGUUUUUUAGUUUCUCAAAAGAAUGAAUGAAACAAUAGCAGAAUGUUAACCCAUAUUAAAAUAAAGUGUACCCAAAUAUUGUAAUGUAUAUUGCUGCUCUUCUUAACAUUAAACAAGGGUUCAAAACCACUUAAUUGGUAAUUAACAACAUCUCAAUUGAUACAAAUAAAGUGUGCUUGGUAUACA